AAUCAAAAGAUAUUUUCUACCUAUGUAAUUAUGCGGUUGAAAAUUUGGUACGCUUAUUUCAUAUCGUGACUACUGUGACUCAUUCGAAAUGAUUCUUGAUAAAUAGAACCACAAUUGGACUAAAAACUCAAAAAGACAAUCCAUUUUUCUACAUGACGCCUGGCACACUUCAGAUCUACCUUUUCAUAAUUUCUAUCACACACUACAUCGCAUACAGCUCAACUUAUUCCACAAACUUGACAUCUAUCGCAAUAAAAUCUUCGUUUAAGCUACGACCACCCAUAGCACACACUUCAGACUACUUGAUCUUGGUUCAAAAUAGCAAUAUUUUCGUUGAUAAGAGUUUACUCCUCGAGGCAGUACUAGCAGACCCCGAAGAAAAAGUACUGGCAUUGUUGGGCCCUGAAAAAUGGGGCAAAACGGUGAAUCUCCGAAUGAUCGAACACUUCACUCGAAUUCCAACUGACUCUCGAGGUAAUCCAACUCCUCCGCGAAAUACUCCCAUUUACAGAUUGUUCAAUCACAAUGAGGUGCUUUUGCUAGAUGGACAAAGAGAAACACUACGUAAGCCAUUACUUUUAACAGAAAAGGCUCCCGGUACAAUACAAAUGCACAUGGGAAAAUAUCCAACCAUCUACUUAAAUUUAUCUCCUUUGCUAAAUGGAACCGAUUAUCACAGCGUGAUGACCCAUUUAUCCGUUAUACUGGGGCAAGUUUUCAAGCAACAUUCUUACAUGAAGGAAGUAAUAAAAAACUGGUACAAGAACGAAUCGAUUUCGUGUACGGAGAAGGCCGAGCUUAACUCAACUUUGGAGGAAUUUACCAACGUGGAACAGUUGAAAACAGAAACAUCAGAUUUGAUCAGAGCGAUUGGAUUCCUUAGCAAGCUUCUCUAUACUCAUUUCAAAUCCAGAGCUGUCGUACUUUUUGAUGACUAUGACGUGUUAGUGGACAUUUCACUCAACGAAAACAUAACCCAGAUUGAUAAACAAGCCAUACAUAACGUAUUAUCUUUAUUAUUCCUGCACUCUCUUAAAAUAAAUACCUUCCUGCAGAAAGGAAUCUUGACCGGAAGACACGGAAUCUCCAAACAGAUCAAACAAGACGAUAUCGUCAACGAAUAUAAAUCGAUAUUGGAUCAAACAUUCGAAUUUUAUGGAUUUCUUCAACGAGACGUUGACGCCAUAUUUGAAAUUCUGCAAAUACCAAAGACUGAACGGGACAAAGUUCUUAAUUGGCACGAAGGGUACAGAAUAUGCAAGGAUGAGACCGCAUUACGAUUCAGCCCUUACUCUAUCGCCAAUUUCAUCAGUCAUCGUAGCUUGAAUCAUGUUCCAUUCAAGAGCGAUAAAUUGAUCGAAAUCUUAGUUCAAAACAAAGAGUUCAGAAAAGCACUGAUGCAAUUAUUACUCAAAAAUUACGAUUCACUUCAGUCGAGUCAUUUGGAUUUUAAUAAGGAUCAGAUUGACUACUUGAACCAAGCUGCUCAAAAUAAAACUGUAGAAUUUGAUAAAGCUUUACCAAUUCUUUACGCCUAUUUAUAUUCUUCAGGGUACCUGACCAGAGUAAAUGAAGACAUCGAAAAAGUCACCCUUAGGUUAACUAACAAUGAAGCUAGGUUCAAGAUGGCAAAUUCCAUAGUAUCUUUUUACACCAAAUGUUACAACAUUUCAGCACCUACGUUAUCUCAGUUAACCUCACAACUUCACGAGUUUAUUGAAAUGAGCACUGUUUAUUAUCCAGAUGUGGAAACAUCAUUGCAAAACUUUGUGAACAGUUUGCCCAUAUUUGACGAUCGAUACAAGCAUCAGAAAGACCCGCAAGCACCAAGUGAUAUCUUAGAAGUAGAUCAUCUCGUAAGAGUAAUAUUACACACGUUAGCUUUAAACGUAUCUUAUCACUACAAUUAUCAAACAUUGACUCCAAGUGAAGGUAUGAAGUCGUACGUAACGCUUUACAAAGACAAACGAGCAAUUAUGAUCGAUUUCAUGAUCGAUACAUCUGUUCAAGAAAUAAUUUCCAUAAUAUCGAAGAGGGUGGAUGCGAUGAAUUCCCAUACACAAAACGAUAUCUUCAGAUGGAUAGGUAUCAGCUUGGGAACUGAUAGGAAAAUAAACAUAUUGGCCAAGACAGAUCAAAGAAAAUGAUAACGAUAAUUUUCCAUCGAAGGGUUGAAAUUUGAGAAUAAUCUAUUGACACCAGAAGACUGAAAAGGUGACAGGUUAACUGAGUAGGUACGAGUAUCUGUGUGAAGGAGUCUAACGAAGAGAUAGGGAAGUUCCUGCUUUUUAUUUGGUGAAUUGUCUAUUAUCGUUAUUAAUACCUGCUAUACCUUCGUUGUGAACGGAUUAGAUGAUAUCUCCGUUUACUUCCAUGAGAUAAUUUUCUCUCCAAAAUUCUCGUUAAAAAUUAAAGUUCAAUUAUUCCUUCGGCGAAGAACUUCGUUAAAUAUUUAUUUCAAUUAAGAUUAUGUACCUAUCGUACGUUGUCGUUGUAUGUUCGUAUUUUCCAAAACAAUAGAAUUUGUUUUCUUUCAUUCA